AUCGAAAUAGAAAAGAAAAAAAAAUCCAAUUUUUUUCGAAUGUCAUUUUUUUCGAUAAAUUCGAAUUGAACGUCAGCUGGAUCGCGAUCGAUACGAAAAACAAGUGAAAAGAAAAGAUUGAUUGAUUGAAUGAUUGAUUUGGAUUUUGGAUGAGUUGAAGAAAAAUAAAAUUUAAAAAAAAAAACGAUGGCAAACAUAGCAUCAAUAAUAGCAAUGAUAAUAUUGAUCAUAUCAAUGGCAUUAUAUCAUUCUGUACAUAAAAUAGAUGAAGGUCAUACAGGUGUUUAUUAUCGUGGUGGUGCCUUAUUAAAAGAAACAUCUAGUCCGGGUUUUCAUUUAAUGAUACCAUUUAUAACAACAUAUCGUUCAAUACAGGUUACAUUACAAACGGAUGAAGUAAAAAAUGUACCAUGCGGUACAUCAGGUGGUGUUAUGAUAUAUUUUGAUCGUAUUGAAGUUGGACAGUUAGGUCUAGGCGAUAUAAAUGACCGAACAACACCUUCACUUGUUUCAUUUCCUGAUGGUUCGAUUGAUAGUCCAAUCAAAAAUAUUGUAGCCGGUGAAAUGCAUUCAUUAUUUUUACUCGAAAAUGGUCAAAUUUUUGGAUGUGGUUAUGGUCAACGUUCUAUUAAUCAAAAACGUGAUACAAUAGUUCCUAUAAAAAUACCAAUUGAAAAUGUUAAAAAUGUAGCUUGUAAAAAUUAUCUUCCUUUUUCAUUGGCAUUGGAUCAAUCUUCACGUUAUUAUGUAUGGGGUAGAGGACAAAAUGAUGAAUUAUUACCAAUGAGAAAAUUAUAUGGUCAAUUGGAUUCAUUUGCUGCAGCAUCCGUCUCAAUUUUAGGCGAAUCACCAAUUACUUUUGGUCUAACAUCAACAAUCGAUACAUAUGAAUCAAAUUAUACGAUAUCAAUUGUUGGAUUAUUCAAUAAUCCAGAUAAUUAUGAUGUUGAAUUUGUAAUCGAUAACAAACCAAUACUGGCUUGUAAAUGUUAUCUAAAAAUAGCAUCAAAAUAUUAUAGUCGAAUGUUUUCAGGUGUGUGGCAAGAAAAUACUAAUCGAGUAAUGAUUGGUGCUUAUAGUUAUGAUGUAUAUUAUUCAUAUCUAGGUAUGUUACAUACUGGCCAAAUUCAAAUCAAUCAAUUCAAUAUAGCCGAAUUUAUUGAUUUGGCCAAUUGUUAUUGUGAUGAACAAUUAAUGAAACAUUGUCAAAUAUUUAUUGAAAAAUUGCUAAAUAAAUCAACCAUAUCUACUUAUUUAUCAUUGAUAAUCGAUUAUGAAUUAUAUAAUUAUGAAAUGAUUUCAAACAAAUUAAUAAUAUUCAAGAAUAUUUUAUCAAAAUUUGUUAAUGAUAAUCUUUCAAUGAAUAGUAAAAAUUUCAUGAAUUUUCUGGAAUGGUUUUCUAAACAUCAACAACAACAACAAGAGCUAUGA